AUGACUUCUUGGGUAGUCUUACCUGUGGUUGAGAUAGUCGAGGAAGUGGAAAUAGAGAUAAUAAAUGCACAACAUAUAAAUUUGUUGACUUUGUAUUUAUUUAGAUUACUGACAGUUGUCAGAGAAACAGCCAUUAUUAGGUUUUCAAUCAUAUUUCUUAAGUACAAAGAAAGACAGCAGAUAUUCAAUUGGGAUAAAUAUGAAUACAAAAGUCAACGGAAUAGUUUAAAUAUUGCACGAAAAAGACAAGAUGUUUUCCGUAAUAUUGCGACUUUAAAAAUAAUUCCGAACUCAGAAAAAUUGUAUUUUAAUUAUAAUGCUCGACCAAAACCAAUAAUUGGUUCCCAGCAGCCAAUCGGACAUUAUCCUACACAGGCAGUUCUGAAGUAUGAAAAGGAAAAAGCAAGUAUGAAAAAUGUAGUUCAAAAGUCAAGACCUAAGGUUUUUAGAUGUCCUCAAAUUAGCCUAGAUGAUGUUCCAGAAGACCGAAGGGAAAUUGUUUGUAAAUUUAUGUACAGUACAACAAAAACAAUGAAUGAACUUACUUCGGGAGUACCCGAAUGUCGAAACCCGGAAGUGGAUAUCCCUUUGAGUCCAUACGGAGACCCGGGAAAAUUAAAGGCACGACCAGUACAUGAACCUAUGUUGCCUUUGAAGAAUUAUCGACGUGUCAGUUUUGAAUGGGACGCACAGCAAAGUCGUAUUUUCGGUGGUUGGAAUAUCAAAUAAUCAAUUUUAAGCAAUAAGUUAUAAUUUUACUAUAAAUUAACUAAUUUAAACUUAAGUGUUAAUUUUUAAAAAUUAAAACAAAUUAUAUAAAUUAAUUUAUGGUUAUAAAUUCCACAGUCCACUAGUUGAUUAUCAUCGAGAAAUCACACUUUUAAUAAAAGAGGUAAAAUAAAUAAUUUUCUUGUAGAGGUCAUAUAUUUGCUGUGAAAGUUUUAAAAUUUCUGCAAUCACAUAAUGCAUUCUUGUAGAUCUAUAUAAUUAUAAUUAAUUUCAGAAUUUUUAAAAUGAUUUUUAUAUUUUCUGGUUAUUUGAUUAUUAUUGGCUAUCAUCAAAUUAAUUAUCCAAGUAAAAUUAA